UUUCACCCGGAGUGGGAGGAGGAGUAUUUUUUUGUUUUUGCUAAUUCGAAGGCUAUUUGCCUCAUCUGUAAUUCGAGCGCCGCCUUGUCCAAAAAGGGUAACCUGGAGCGACAUUUUAAGACGAUGCACGAACAGUACGAGGCAGAUUUCCCUCCUAAAAGUUCUUCACGGGCUCGGAAAGUGCGGGAGCUGAAAAACAAGCUGGCAGCCCAGCAGUCGAUUUUCACUCGGCCCAACAGAAAAGGUAAGGCUGCUACGAUAGCCUCAUACCGUGUCAGCCACAUCCUGGCACAACACAAGAAGCCAUUCAGCUAUGGAGAAGUUAUGAAAGAAGCGUUUAUCGAGGCUGCAGAUGCGCUUUUUCGUGAUUUUGAAAAUAAAAGUGAGAUCGUGGGUGCUAUUGAAGACGUUCAGCUGUCCAGACAAACGGUGACACAGCGAUGUGAGGGAAUGGCUGUGGAUGUGGAGGAGCAGCUCAAACAGGACAUCGAACAAUGUGAGUGUUUCUCUCUUCAGUUUGAUGAGUGGACGGACAUGAUGGAUGUGGCCCAGCUKUGUGUUUUUAUCAGGAUGGCCUUUGCAGACAUGAGUGCAAAAGAGGAGCUGCUCACCAUCUUGCCUUUGAAGGGACACACAAGAGGAGAAGAUAUUUUUAAGGCUUUUAUAGAGUUUGCUAAUAAAAGCAACUUGCCCCUCUACAAACUCAUUUCCAUAACAACUGAUGGCGCUCCAGCAAUGACCAGUCACACCAGUGGAUUUGUUGCRCUCUGCAAGCAGAAUGAUGCUUUCCCAGAUAUUUUGAACUAUCACUGCAUAAUCCACCAACAGGCACUGWGUGAGAUUUUAAACAUGAARGAAGUGAUGGAUGUUGCCAUGAAAACUGCCUGCUCCAUAAGGGCCAGGAGUCUGCAGAGGAGGUUGUUCCGGGCUCCCUUGGAGGAGGCAGGAGCAGACGACACAGACCUGCUGCUGCACAUGGAUGUGAGGUGGCUAAGCAGAGGUAAAUUUCUGGCCAGAUUCAGUGAGCUGUUGCCUGAGAUCAGGGAUUUCCUGAAGCUGUCAGGCCACGGUGAACAUUCAAAACUAGAGGACACCCAGUGGCUUUUGGAUUUAGCCUUCCUCACAGAUCUCACCGGCCUGCUCAAUGAACUGAAUUUGAAGCUUCGGGGAAAGGACAAAAAUAUAAUUCACAUGAUCACUUCUGUGAGCACCUUCCAAAGCAGGCUGAAACUUCUCACGGGUCGGYUGCAACAAAGGAACCUGCGAAACUUUCCACACAUGGAGGCAGAGCUACAGCGUCAAGGGCAAGAUGUCGCACAACUCRACAUYGCACACUAUUCCAAGCAGGUUCAGAUCAUCUCAUCAGAUUUUGAGAGACGAUUUAUUGACUUUUUCUCCAUCGCGCCUAUUACCAGCUACAUGUGUUAUCCUUUUGGAAAUGUUGAUGUGGAUGACAUUGUGUCCAAAUUGGUGUCCGUGUUUCAGCUGGACUGCUCUGGGGUUGAAAAUGAGGUUUUGACUCUGCAAAAUGACAUUGGGAUCAAAUCCAGAGCAACAAAURACGUGGAUGGAGAGUUCUGGAGUCUGCUGACGGAAGAAAAGUAUCCCAACAUCAGAAGAUGUGCUUUGAACUUGACAGCACUUUUUGGAUCAAMCUACCUGUGUGAGUCUGCUUUUUCAYACAUGAAAAUCAUCAAGUCCAAGAACAGACCCACAAUGACCGAUGAUCAUCUGGAGAUCUGCCUGCGCCUCGCAACCACCUCAUACUGCCCCGCCUAUGAGACCCUGGCCUCCUCACAGUGUCAGAAGUCCCACAAAGGUGGUGAACCAGGUGGGACUCUUUGAACGGCCUUUGGAGCUGGCAGUUUGGACCAGUGAGGGACUGAGCCCUUCAACACCUGCAGAAGACACACCAUCCUGCAUGCUGCACAGGGAGCCAGCUGCCUAGUUUAGAUAUUUAGGUUUUAUUGAGGUUUGAAAUAGUUGUUUCAGAUUUGUGAAUCUGCACGUUUGUAAGUCCCUUUUUGUAAGUAGCGAGUUUUACACGUUUUGCAUCAGUUACGAUGAACAUUUCUGUUGAAGUAAAGUGACAAAACUAAAGAACUUCGUGGUUUGGGAAUCUUAGUGCGCCACACGUACACUGACCUCUUGGUGUGCAGUGCACCAUGGGAAUCCUCCUGCGCUACACAAGAUCCGGCAAGAACACAGUGGUGAACAAAGUCUAAUGCUGUACAUCUGUCUAAUUUGAGACUCUUCCUUUUUUUAAAGACAUUUUGCAUUACAUGUCUUAAAUGGUAUGCUUCAUGAGCUGAUCAGUAAAGUCAGAGGAAGCCUAAUAAAGUGUCAUCAUUUUGUUAUUAGGGUUCAGAAAUUCUCAACACGUCAAACAAAAUCAUCUUUAGGGAUUUGAUUUGUAGAUUUACUCCUUGAUGGCCGUUUUACUCUAAAWUGGUUGCCUGUUUAGAAAAUAGGAAUCAUUAUCAGUUGCUGCAUGUGUCUGCAGUUUUUAACAUAAUAAAAUGUGACUCCAGAAUUUUUCACAAGGACUUUUUUUUUUAUGUCUAAACGGCAUGUAUGAUGUAAUCAGCUAUUUGACCUCCCACAUCAAAACAAUUGCUGGUUGUGUAAUGAACAUGUUGGUUUGUUUCCAGUCUUAAUGUGUCUUUAUUUUUAGUCAGGAAGUAAAGAGAAGACCUCCCUUUUGUGGUAAAAUGCAAGAGUUCAUGGUUUUGAUGCAAAAGUCAUGUGCUUUGACUUUGAAAAAAGGGCGGCACUCUUCUGCCAUGUUGAUCCAGAUUGUUUUUGUUUUGUUGUUCCUCCCCUGUAUGGAGAGAAGAGAGGAGAGUUAUUUGAAUAAACGGAGACGAGUUCCCGUCYUCCAAAGUUA